AUGUCGCGGAACUCGCCACUAACGAUGGCCCCUCGCCACGCACACCGCUAUAUGCGCUGCAUCAUGCUCCUGCUCCUCGUGCUUCUCUCUCCCUUCACAGCCAGUGGUACCACUGUCACUGCCCCUACCACCACCACCACCACUCUUCGAGGCGGCCGCACUAGCAGCAUUCUCGCAACCAACGGCCCAUCGCGCCGCGGCCCGUCGCGAGCUUCGUCGCCGCCGGCGGCGCUCGUCGCGGCGGGCCGUCGUCCGUCCGUCGCGCGUCGCCAACUUGAAUCUGCGUCGACAGAACGAGACCAGGAGGAGCGCGUCAAGCUCGCGCCCUCACAGUUGCAAGCGCUGCUGGCGCUGGAGCGGGAGUGGCAGGCGUGGGAGUGGGCGGAGGAGAACGGCACGUCCGCCAAGGCGUGGUGCGACGCGUGGAACAGCAAUAUCGACCUCACCGUGGCGUGUGACGCGCACGGCAUGAUCACUGACUUGUGGGUGGGGAUGAAGGUGGGUCGGAAGAUGCGGGAUAUGGAAGAUAAAGGUGUGAUGGGAGUGGCGGGGGUAAGGAGCACGGUAGAGAUGUCAGGGCAAGAGGUGGUGGAUAUGUUGGGCAGAGUGCACGCGUGCAUGCAGCUCUAUCCGUUCCAAGUCUCCGUGCAACAGAAAUCCCCUCCACCUGCUGCUGCCAUGCCAUGCCAUGCCAUGCAGGAUCGGCGGGGAUCCAGAUGUACCGUUCGCGUUUGGGACAUUGCCUUCGGACAUCACAGCCUUCACCGCCCUCCACCCUUCAGUCGAGGCUAUGCUGUUCCGGGACUUCCCUUCCCCUGGUGGGGAUUAUCUGGCAACCUGGAAAUGCUCGGCCACUUCCCCCGCCUGCAAUAUGUAGACCUGCGCUUCUCUGGAUUUGAUGGGGAAAUCCCUGCUUCCAUCGGCAAUGCUACCGCUCUCCAGCACCUUGAUUUAUCAGGCGUCAGCAUUGCGGGAUGGCUUCCCUCCACCUUCAGUCGCCUCACUGCACUCACCUUCCUGUCCGUUGGCGAUCCAGUGUACCUGUGGCCCGGGGACUUCACAUGGCUCAAUGACUUCCAGCAAGAUGAUCCCACUGACAUUCUCUCCAUUACAGCUACCUAUAAGACUCCUGUGCUGCAAGCCCCCAUGGCCCACCUCUUCUCUCUCGCCCCGCUCACUCGCCUCCAGCACCUCGCUCUUCGAAAUCUUUACCUUACACCCGGGCCGCUCCCGCCAGCUCUCUCCACCCUCACUCUUCUCACACACCUGGACAUCCAGUUCCUCCCAGCCACCAGCCUCCCCUCAUGGAUUGCCAUGCUCUCUUCUCUCAAAUACCUGGAUGUCACCGGCAACUUUAGCGUCCACCGUUCUGCACCAUUCCCCACCGACUGGAUGGCGCUCACAGGACUGGAGACUGUGCGGGCCGGUCUGAAUGGCUUCACUGGCUCUAUCCCCUCCACCAUCUCCGCCCUCACUGCCCUCACUGACCUAGAGCUCUACUACAACAACAUCUCGGGGACCAUACCUGCUGCCAUUGCCCACCUUCCCCUCACCUACCUGAGCCUGUUCUCCAACAUGCUCUCGGGCACCAUCCCUGCCCUCGACUCCUUGCCGCUCUCCUCCCUGGACCUCUCGUACAACCACCUCUCGGGCUCCUUGCCUACUGCCCUUGGCUCCAUUCCAGAAUUAUUGAAGCUGGGUCACAACGAUCUUGAGGGGCCCUUGCCUACCUGCUUUGAAGAUGUCAGAGGUCAAAUUGAUCUGAGUUUUAACAAGCUCUCAGGCUCCAUCCCACUGACCUUCAUUGAUGCCAUGCCAUGGCACCGGAUGAACCUCACUAGCUCGGGGCUGACCUGUCCUGCAGACGGCAGCGAGUGUGGGCAGCAGCAGAGCAACACCUCCUCCUUCUGCACCGUCUGCCUCUCCUUCUGCUCCUCCUGCACGCCCCGUGCAUUAUCAGCGCCCACCACCCCGCCAGCUGCUUCUCAGGCGACAGCUCAGCCCUCCCACACAGCUUUCCCACCCUCUCCUCCCACGACCACAGCUGCUCGCUCCAUGCCAAAUGCUGCCACCAUCAGUCUUGCUCUUGUUGUUGCUGUCGCCGCUCUUCUCAUAGUGCUUCAAGAAAGAAAACGAACUCACAAGGGCUUUAGAUCAGUCCCUCUCGACAUUGAGAUGUGA